CAUGGCUACCCAAACAACAUGCAUGUCAGUAUUUCUCGUUCUCGUAAUAAUCCUUUGCGGCAGUGCUCAUGCUAAACCUAGUAAUGGAAUCAGAGCAGCCUACUGGCCCUCGUUCAAUUCAUUCCCGGCUUCCUCUAUACAAACAUCCCUUUUCACCCACAUAUACUACGCCUUCCUCCUUCCCGAUCCCGCCACUUUCAAACUCACUAUCACCUCCGACGACGAAACCAAGUUACCCGAGUUCAUCGGAUCCCUCCGCACCCAAACUCCCGUCAAAAUCAUACUCUCCAUCGGAGGCGGCGGUAACAACGCAACAGUAUUCUCGGAGAUGGUAAGCACCAAACACAGCCGUCAAGUAUUCAUCAACUCCUCCAUCGAGAUAGCCCAGAAAUACGGCUUCCAAGGUGUUGACUUGGAUUGGGAGUUUCCGGCUAACGUGAAGGACAUGUCAAACCUAGCUCUAUUAUACAAGCAGUGGAGAAAAUCCCUAGAUCAGGAAGCUAAAGCUAGCGGCAAGCCACCCGCCGUGUAUUACGCUUCGGAGUUUACAGUUUACGGCGAGCCGAGAUCAUACCCGGCCGGUGCAAUAAGUAAAUACGUGGAUUGGGUCAGUCCAAUGUGCUUCGACUAUCACGGCUCGUGGGAAAAUUUCACCAGCGAACACGCGGCGUUAUAUGAUUCCAAGAGUAACUACUACAUCAGUACUGACUACGGAAUCAGGUCGUGGAUUCUCGCGGGUGUACCGGCCAAGAAGCUUGUGAUGGGCCUACCUCUUUAUGGGAAGAGUUGGACGCUCCGGCAUCCGAAAGUGAAUGGGGUUGGGGCCGCGGCGGUGGGCAUGGGGCCUGGUGUUGGUGGCGUUUUGGUGUACCACCAGAUUGUUCACUUCAAUGCUCGAACUAACGCAACGAUUGUGUUCGACAAGCAAACAGUGUCUUAUUAUUCAUAUUCCGGUAGCACGAUUGGGUAUGAUGAUAUUGAAUCUGUCAAGUUGAAGGUUCGAUUUGCCAAGUCACUGGGCUUGGGUGGGUACUUCUUUUGGGCUCUGGGCCAAGACAAAGAUUGGACUCUAUCACAUCAAGCUUCAAAUGUUUGGAAAUAUGGCGGGAGAUGA